AUGUCAUCAACUAUUCCAUAUAAAUAUUAUCCAACUAAAAAGGCUACUAUAAUAACAGCUCCAUUUUCUGGUGGUCAACCAAAAGGCGGUGUUGAAUUAGGUCCUGAAUAUAUUCUUAAAGCUGGUUUCCAAAAACAAAUUGAAUCUCUAGGCUGGGCCAGUGAAAUCGAUAGUCCUUUGGAAGGUACCGAUUAUGAGAAAUUAAAAUCUAAUGAAAAAGAUUCCUUUGGAAUUAAAAACACUAAAAUUGUUAAUGAUUGUUGUAAGAAAAUCCAUGAAUCUGUUAAAAAAUCAUUAAAAGAAAACAAAUUACCUAUCACUAUUGGUGGUGAUCAUUCUAUUGGUACUGCUACUAUUAGUGCUAGUUUAGCUAAUAAUCCAGACACUUGUAUUGUUUGGGUUGAUGCUCAUGCUGAUAUCAACACACCAAAGACUACAGACUCUGGUAAUUUACACGGUUGUCCAGUAAGUUUUGUCAUGGGUAUUGAUAGAGAAAGUUAUCCACCUGAAUUUGAUUGGGUUCCACAAUUGUUAAAAGCUAAUAAAAUCGUAUACAUUGGAUUAAGAGAUGUUGAUGAUGGUGAAAAGGCAAUUUUACGUAAAUAUAACAUCCCUGCUUUUUCAAUGUAUCAUGUUGAUAAAUAUGGUAUUGGUAAAGUUGUUGAAAUGGCUUUAGAUAAAGUUAAUCCAAAUAGAGAUUGCCCAAUCCAUUUAUCUUAUGAUGUUGAUGCUAUUGAUCCAAGCUUUGUUCCUGCUACUGGUACUAGAGUUGAAGGUGGAUUGAGUUUAAGAGAAGGUUUAUUUAUCGCUGAAGAAAUUGCUCAAUCUGGUCUUUUGGGUGGAUUAGAUAUCGUUGAAACUAACCCAAUGUUGGCUGAAACUGAAGAACAUGUAUUAGAUACAGUUAGCGCGGCCUGUGCCAUUGGUAGAUGUGCCUUGGGUCAAACGCUAUUAUAG